CGCCAUUGCUAGAUCGUCGCCGUUGGUCUGCUUGUCAAUUGUCGAAAAACUUCCUUCUUUGCGCCUGCUUCGCUGUGUCUUCUCCUUUACAAUCUCUGCACUGCAUUGCUCAACUAACUCUUAAAGCAUUUUUCCUUCGAUUUACCUGGAUUUAAUUGACCUACGACAUACCUUAAUCAUUCCUAAGGAGAAUACAAGAGAAUUGGAAACCAUCGACUACGACCACUCAUUCAAGGACAAAGUGUUGAAAAACGAACCAAAUCCAGUACGCAACUACGAAUAAACAAGAAACUAUUCACGUAUCAACUAUGGCCGGAGCGACAGCUGCAUUAGCUGCGGAAGGCAUUUCUCAUACUCUCGAUACUUCAGCCUUCUCGGCGCUAGAAAAGGACAUUGUUCAGGAAGCAUUUGCCCUAACUGUCGACUACAUACCAUAUAGACUACGCAGUAAAUUCGACCAAAGCCAGUUAGCUGGCUUGCCUCGCGGCUAUCUUAUUCCUCACUCGCCUUCAACGUCAGAAAACAAACUGCGCUCUCUCGCCUCGCACAUGGAAGCGGAAUACCCAGAUUUAUUCGAGACGGCGUGUACAAAGCUUGGAAUCACGCCCGCUACUGCUAGAUCGACGUUUUUCAGCGUAGCCAAGGAGAUAUUCCAAACUGGAAUCAACUGGGGUCGAAUUGUUGCUCUGUUCACAUUCGGCGGAGUUGUCGCUCAUCAUUUUAUCGAAAGCGAAAGACCGGAAAUGGUUCCUCAUGUCGUCGAAUGGAUCCCUUCCUUUAUAGCUGAUAAUCUUCUGUCUUGGAUCAUGGAAAACGGAGGAUGGGAUGGCUUUGUCAAAUACUUCUCUGAGUCAUCUCAGACAGUCUGGAAAAGCAUAUUUGCAGUGGGAGGAUUCUGUGCCGCCGGGAUCACCCUACUAGCAUUAAGUAAAUAGAAAUAUGACAGUAGCAUAGAAUAGUCCUAUAUCAGAUGUAAUAUAAAGAUCAGAUCAAUAUAUGCCAAUAGGUUGGAUUAGGUUGUACCUAUAAUGCUCAGCUGGUCUGGCCUAGAAGGUACGGAGGCAUUCUCGGCAUGCAUGGCACUUUGGAGACCAAAUGCCUUACACAAAGUUUAGUCACUGUUCUUUCCAUUUGCCAAUUCAUGUGCAUGCAGAUAGACAAAGUCUGUUGUUUUAUCCGAAUUUGCAUGCAUUUGAAAUAGGACAUGAAAAGAACAGUAUCUAAAUCAAUGCAUGCCGCAAUGCUAUUACUUUAUAUCAGUUUUCCAUCAAGGAAAUUUAGGUUUGCAACAUUUGCAGAUAACUAAUUCUUUCAAGCACGCAGACGUUAACUAUUUUUCUACAACAUUCUUUAAAAAGUGGUUCUUUGUUGGUGCGGGUCUUUACAUGGUGUGGUUCGGGUCUAAUAGUAUGGCUACAAAUGAAAGCAUUGGACCACUCUGUUUCUUACAUACAGAGAGCUUUGCCUUGAUAAAAGCUAUUCUCUCUUAACUGUUUCGUACUUCUUUGCUUGGAUAUUCAGCUGAAAUGCCUCUAAUUCUUCUAUAAACCUUUUUCAAGUUUUGGGCCAUGGUACACAGAUGACAGUGUGGGUUUUAGUGAUAAACACAUGAAGGUGAUUGAAGGAGUGUGCAUUACAAUGAAAGUAUAGUUUUAUAUAAAUGUGAUAUAGUGUGUUUGAUUGAGUGGAGAUAGGUGAUGUGUCUGUAUGCUAAUAUUGUGUUUGGGGUGUUGAGCUGUGUUGAUUGGCCAUUGUGUAUUUGGUAGCGUUGAGUCUUUUUGGUGGUGAUAACUUCACGUAAUCACAGCCUCUGCCAUAACUGCUUCUUUUCUGUACCCUCCUAGCUUAUGCGAGUGCAUAAUCACAUCACUUUUCUAUAGGUAAAAUGUGUUCUAUACUAAUUUUUAUGAUGUAGUGUUACAUCUAGUUGUGGCACUAAGCAAUUUCUUUUAACACUUUUUUGAAAAUUUGUCAUUAUUUUAAGUGUUACUUUGCUUUAUUACUUUUUACUUAUUUAAAAUGUACCCAAUUAACCAGUGUUUAGUGUUUGUGUUCUUAUAUUAGACGAUGUACACUUUCACAGAUAUGCAUACAGUAGACUAGAGAGUGCGUUUAGAAAGUGUGGUGACUGAGUGAGAGUGUGGAAUAUAAACAAAACAUGAUAUGUAUAUUGUAGACAUUUCAUAAUAUUUAUUGAAAUAGCCUCCUACUGUAACCCAACAUAAACAAGAUGAACCUGGUAACCCUUAAUUUGCCCUUGUCAAGGCAUCAAAUGACCUUUUCCCUAGCAGAGGAUGGCUAAGUUCUUUGGGUGAAGUUUACUGUUAUUACCACUAGACUAGUAAAGAUUAGAUAGACUAGACCUGUAGGUGCGUACCCAAGGUUUGCUGAGUAGGGAAAAAAAGGGAUAGUAUUUGACAAUCCCACAAUAAGAAAUGAACAACUUCUUGGCCGGGCGUGUGCUUGCACUCAGGCACCCCCACCUAGGUAUGCGCCUGACUUGUAUUAGCAAUCAUGCAGCCUUUAGAGUAGAACUACUGAAGUUUGUGGUAGGACCACCUGUCACAGACCUUGAUAUUUAACUUGUAAUUCAUGAUGAACAAUGUGCAUGUGGUGACACGCCUUAGGGUGAACAAUGAACUGCAUGUAAGGGAAGAAUUAAAAGCACAAAUAAAGUCUGUGUUGUUUA